AAGAACCCAACUAGACAUCACAUUAGUACCAACUACCAUCAUAAUUAAGUCACGAGCGAACACAAAUAUUUUUCUCUAACAUGGAUGGUUUUGUCUAUAACCUUCCGGGCGCAAACCCCAAUCAACAGUUCUUUAAUAACCAAGUUCCACUUGUAAACUUGUCUGCCACGUCAGACGAGUCUAACCGGAGUGCAGAUGAUGAUGAGAAGAAGCAAAGAAGGAAGGUUUCGAAUCGCGAGUCAGCUCGGAGAUCGCGUAUGCGAAAAAGGCGACACCUGAACGAGCUGUGGUCCAUGCUUGUUCACCUCAUUAACGAGAAUAGAUGUCUGAUCGAUGAGCUAAGCCGAGCCAAUGAGGGCAACGAGAAUGUUGUUGAAGAGAACAAGAAACUUCGGGAAGAAAAUUCCAAUUUGAGAAAGAUGAUUGGUGAGAUAGGUUUCUAAUGUAGAGAGCGAUCAUAUUUUGGACCUUUUGAUCGUCUCGUAGUCGGUUUGUUUUCAUCUUUUUUUUUCAUCUUUUUAAUGGAGAUCAGCGAGUACAAAAUAUUUUGUAACCAGACCUACAAAAUAAUCAAAUGAUUUCUUUAA